AUGGCCGACACUCCUGUCCCUCCCGGCCUACAUCCAGGACCAUACGUGCACGACAUUAUAUCGGCGGGAACUCCACACCGGGCACAUUCUAUUUUUUACGGACAUAUUGAGGGCAAUCAGUUAGAUGUCAGGCGGUGUGACAGAGAAUUUUGGGAGCAUACGCCUAUUCCUGAUCGGGUUUGUCGUUAUAUUGCCUUGGCUGGAUUUGAGGGGGUGCUUGAGAGUGGAUAUCAGAUGGUUGAUCAUUCUUUGAUCACAAGUUUGGUCGAGAGAUGGCGGCCCGAGACGCAUAUAUUUCAUUCACCGGUUGGAGAGGCCACCGUGACAUUGCAGGAUGUAGAGGUGUUGUGGGGGUUGCACAUCGAUGGUCCACCGGUUACAGGGAUAGACACAUACCGCAGCAUUCAGGAGUGGGGAGCCAUUUGUGAGGAGCUCAUUGGAUUUUCUCCUGCAGUUGGAUACUUUGAUGGACAGAGACUAAAAUUGGGAUGCAGCGUGCGCGCAUCUACCUCUUACUGA